UGAGAUUGGAAUUUAUUUUGUUUUUCAUGUGUGUUAUCUUGGUCAGGUUUCAGUAUUGAUAUUAAGCUGAUGUCACCUGCCCUGGAAAAGUUUGCAUACAGAUGGAAUUAUUUAUUCCUUGAAUGUUUGAAACAUUCACCUGUGUCCAUAAUUUAGGGCUUUGCUCACCUACUGCUUGUCUCAUUUUGAGUGAAAUUCCAGAGAAAGACAGUUGUCAGCUGAGCUAUUGACAAUGCAACCACAGGAGUUACUGACCUUCAAAGAUGUAGCCAUAGACUUCAACCAGGAAGAAUGGGCAUUGCUAGACACAUCUCAAAGAAACCUGUUCAAAGAAGUGAUGCUGGAGAAUAUCAAUCAUCUUGUCUCAGUAGGAUAUCAGGUCUGCACAUCACAUGUGGUUUCCCGGUUGGCACAAGAAGAGGAAGUGUUGAGAGAAGGAAUGAGAUUUCUCCAAAACCAGAGUCCAGUAACUAUAGGCAGGAAAAGUGACUGUAAAAAGCAAGAAAUAAUAUUCAUGCAACCUACCAGUGGGAAAGACAAUUCUAACAUCAUGUCAUUGAUACCUCAUACUCAAAAGAAUUCCUUUCAAUGUAAUUACUUGCAAGAGGAUUCCACUCUCAGACCCACAGUGACUCUACAUGCAUUAAUUCCCAUGAGAAAGAAGCCAUAUUUAAGCAAACCACUUGGAGAAGACCUCAGUGAUGAUUCACCUUUUAAUCAACAUAAGCAGAUUCACACUAGUAGUAAAUCAUAUGAAGGCCAUCAAAGUGUUAAAACCUUUACUAAAAGCUCUGGCCACAGACGGUACAAAGGAAGUCAAACAGGAAAUCAACCAUAUGAAUGCCUUCUAUGUGGGAAAACUUUCAUUAGUUUUUAUAAACUUAGAAGACAUGAAAGAAUACACACUGAAGAGAAACCCUAUGAAUGCCAUACCUGUGGGAAAACCUUCAGUCAAAAUUCUUAUCUCAGGCAACAUGAGAGAACUCACACUGGAGAGAAACCCUAUACAUGUCACCUAUGUGCAAAAGCCUUCAAUCAAUAUUCUUAUCUCAGACAACAUGAGAGAACUCACACUGGAGAGAAACCCCAUAAAUGCCUUUUAUGUCAGAAAGCCUUUCGUCAAUAUUAUCAUCUCAUACGACAUGAGAGAACCCACACUGAAGAGAAACCCUAUGAAUGUCAUACCUGUGGGAAAACCUUCAGUCAAAAUUCUUCUCUUAGACGACAUGAGAGAACCCACACUGGAGAGAAACCCUAUGAAUGCCAUACCUGUGGGAAAACCUUCAGUCAAAAUUCUUAUCUCAGACAACAUGAGAGAACUCACACUGGAGAAAAACCCCAUAAAUGUCAUAUAUGUGAGAAAGCCUUCCGUCAACAUUUUCAUCUCAUACGACAUGAGAGAACCCACACUAAUGAGAAACCCUAUGAAUGCCAUACCUGUGGGAAAACCUUCAGUCAAUAUUGUUAUCUUAGACUACAUAAGAGAACACACUCUGGGGAGAAACCCUAUGAAUGCCAUACCUGUGGGAAAGCCUUCAUACGUGGUUCUCAUCUAAGAGAACAUGAGAAAGCUCACACUGGAGAGAAACCCCAUAAAUGUCAUGUAUGUGGGAAAGCCUUCAGUCAAAAUUCUUCUCUUAGACGACAUGAAAGAACACACACAGGAGCUGGUCGGCAUGCCCUGCACAGAAACCCAGCCCUGUUUUGGCUGAGAUAUAUGGACAACCCAGCAGUUCAAGAGAGCUCUGAAACAAACACAGGUCUUGCUAGUUGGCAGAAAACGGAGCACCACUGGGAGCCAGCAGAUCUGUAUUACCACAAACAGUAAACUUGUUGGGGUGCCCUGUGCCUACCUCCCAUCCCUGUGGCAGGCCAUUAUGGGUAUCUGAUUUUGGUGUAAGAGUGGGGGACAGAGCCAAUCUGACCACUGGCCAGUGAGGGAAACAGAAAAGAUAGAGAUCAAAGAAAACCAACAAGAAAACCCUAGGCAAAAGAGAGAAAACAACCUCCAGAAUAAACUAAUCAAGAAAAUCAGAUGCCUAGACAGCAAAAAAUCACAAGCCACAACAGGAAAUGUGAAGAUUUGGGCCAAAGGAAGACGCUAACACCUCAACUGAGACUCUAGAGUUCAAACAACUAAUUAAAAAUAUUCAAACAAAUCUUCUAAAUCAAAUCAAGUUGAAAGAAAAUUUGACAAAACAGAUGAAGGUUAUAAAGAAGUCACUGGGUGACCAUAAGGAAGAGGUAGUAAGCUUCAAAAAACAAACGGCUGAAUUUAUGCAAAUGAAAGGCACAAUAGAAGAGAUGUAAAACAACAUGGAGGCAUGCAACACCAGAGUUGGAGAGGCCAAAGAAAGGAUUAGUGAGCUAGAGGACACUGAAAGAUGACUGAGUAUGGUUGAGAAAGAAAGUUUAGGGGCAUUGUGCCAGUUGGAUAUAUUACGUCCCCACAAAAGCCAUAUUCUUUAAUGUAAUCUUGUGGGGGCACAUGUAUUAGUGUUAAUUAGGUUGGAAUUUUUUGAUUGAGUGUAUCCAUGGAGCUGUGACUCAAUCAACUGUGGGUGAGACAUUUGAUUAAAUUAUUUCCAUGGAGAUAUGGACCCUGCCCAUUCAUGGGGGGUCUUGAUUUAAGUACUGGGGUCUAUAAAAAGCUCACAAAUAGAAGAAGCUCGGAGCAGCUGAGCAGGACAUUUGGAAGAGCAGCCGAAGGAGGCUUUUGGAGAGCUGCUGGCUGAGAACUGGAGAUGCUUGGAGAUGCUGACAGAAGGAUUUUGGAGAUGUUGGGCUGGAAGAUGAAGCCCAAAUUUUACCCUGGGAUAUGCUAAGACAGGAUCCCCAGGCACUUAGAAUCAUCCUGGGAGAAAGAACCAAAAAUGCAUAGAAGUUGAGAGAGGAACUGAAACACAACCUGGGAUCAGCAGACACCAGCCAUGUGACUUCCUAGCUAACAGAGGUUUUCUGGAUGCCACCAGCCAUCCUUCAGUGAAGGUUUCCUCUCGUUGAUACCUUUGUUUGGAUACUCUCAUGGCUGUAGAACUGUAAAUUUGUAAUCUAUUAAACCCCCUUUAUAAAAGCAAACCCAUUUCUGGUAUUUUGCAUAAUGGCAGAAUUAGCAAACUGUAACAGGCAUGUAAGACAUGAGAAGGAAAGAUAUAAAGACUGGGACAGUAUGGCUUAGUGAAACCUAGAGUGGGCAAUGAUUGUGAUAAGUGGACAAUAUAUAAGAAUGUUUUUACAUGAGGGAGAACAAAUGAAUGUCAACUUUGUAAGGUGUUGAGAAUGGGAUGGCACUGGGGGAAAAUUCAAUCAAUACAAACUAGAGUCUAUAGUUAAAAGUAAUGUUG